AUGGAAGAAACAUUUGUUCCCUUUCGGGGGAUAAAGAAUGACCUCAAAGGGAGACUUCUGUGCUACAAACAGGAUUGGACUGGUGGCUUAAGAGCGGGUAUCAGGAUCUUGGCCCCAACAACAUACAUAUUCUUUGCUUCAGCAAUUCCAGUUAUAUCUUUUGGAGAGCAGCUGGAACGAAAUACAAAUGGAGCCUUGACUGCAGUACAGACUCUUGCAUCAACAUCACUUUGUGGUGUUAUCCACUCGAUUUUUGGAGGACAGCCCUUGCUCAUACUAGGGGUGGCUGAGCCAACAGUAUUGAUGUAUACAUUUAUGUUCGACUUUGCUAAGGACCGGAAGGAUUUGGGGCAGGAACUCUUUUUAGCCUGGACUGGAUGGGUAUGUGUGUGGACAGCCCUUCUGCUCUUCUUGCUUGCCGUUCUGGGUGCAUGCUCCAUUAUCAAUAGGUUUACGCGUAUUGCUGGUGAAUUAUUUGGUCUGCUAAUUGCAAUGCUUUUUAUGCAGCAGGCCAUAAAGGGACUUGUGGAGGAAUUUAGCGUACCUAAGAGAGAAAAUCCUACUAAGAUUGCACUCCAACCUGCUUGGCGGUUCGGCAAUGGAAUGUUUGCAUUAGUUCUGUCAUUUGGCCUUCUUUUAACUGCAUUGAGAAGCCGUAAAGCUAGAUCCUGGCGUUAUGGAGCAGGUUGGCUACGGGGAUUUAUUGCGGAUUAUGGAGUCCCAUUUAUGGUUGUUGUUUGGACUGCUGUAUCUUACAUACCAGUUAAUGAUGUCCCAAGAGGAAUCCCAAGACGACUUUUCAGUCCAAACCCAUGGUCUCCUGGUGCAUACUCAAAUUGGACAGUUGUCAAGGAGAUGAUGAAUGUACCUCCAUUAUAUAUAGUUGGAGCAUUUAUACCAGCAACUAUGAUUGCUGUGCUCUACUACUUUGAUCAUAGUGUUGCAUCCCAACUUGCCCAACAGAAGGAAUUUAAUCUAAAUAAACCAGCUUCAUAUCACUAUGACCUUCUCCUUCUGGGUUUUCUGGUCAUAUUAUGUGGGCUUCUUGGCAUUCCCCCUUCCAAUGGAGUAAUUCCACAAUCUCCAAUGCAUACAAAAAGCUUAGCUACUCUAAAACAUCAGCUUUUGCGGAAUAAGCUUGCAUUAACAGCACGAAAUAGUAUACGCAAAAAUUCAAGUUUGAGUCAAUUAUACCAGAGCAUGCAAGAAGCCUACAAUCAAAUGCAGACUCCACUGGUCUACCAACGUCCACCUGCUUUGGGACUAAAAGAGCUGAAAGAAUCCACAGUCCAAUUGGCCUCAAGUGCUGGCUACAUUGAUGCCCCCGUUGAUGAGACUGUUUUUGAUGUGGAUAAGGAUAUUGAUGAUCUUUUGCCUGUUGAAGUGAAAGAGCAACGCCUCAGCAAUCUGCUUCAAGCAUUGAUGGUCGGUGGUUGUGUAGCUGCUAUGCCUUUUUUGAAGAAAAUCCCAACCUCUGUUCUUUGGGGAUAUUUUGCUUUCAUGGCAAUUGAAAGCUUGCCUGGAAAUCAAUUUUGGGAGAGGAUAUUGUUUCUUUUCACUGCUCCAAGUCGAAGAUACAAGGUGCUGGAGAAGUAUCAUGGAACCUUUCUUGAGACUGUGCCUUUCAAAACAAUUGCCACCUUCACCUUGUUCCAGACGGCUUACUUGCUCAUGUGUUUUGGCUUAACAUGGAUCCCAAUUGCUGGGGUGCUUUUCCCGUUGUUGAUCAUGCUUCUGGUCCCAGUGCGGCAGUAUUUGCUCCCUAAGUUUUUCAAAAGAGCUCACCUUCAAGACCUGGAUGCUGCAGAAUAUGAGGAAGCCCCUACCAUUGCUUUCAACAUGUCCUUUGAAGAUCAGGAUCUUCAGUCAAGAAUCACAAACAUUGAUGGUGGGGAGAUUCUUGAUGAAAUUAUCACAAGAAGCCGUGGUGAGAUCCGCCAUACACAGAGCCCAAAAGCAUCAAGUUUGACCCCUACUUCACUGGAAGGUAUAAAACCUGCUUAUAGCCCGCGGACGUCACAGAGAGUAUACAGCCCCCAUUUAAGUGAACUGAGAGGAGAAAGAAGCCCCCGACAAGGACUUGAAAGAACGCAGACUCCCAGCCCUGGGUCAUCUAUCCUUGGACAGACCACUCCUGGCUCUUCAAGCUAA